GCCGCCGCCAGUCGCCGCCCGCACCAGGCCGCCGAGUGUCGCGCCCGCUCCGCCUCGCGUUCUCUCACACCGGGUUUUAGUUUCGUACCACGAUGACAUAGCCCCAGUGCCGUGCGAGGAGACUACGUGGAAGCGCACAUAUUUUUAAGUUUUUACGUUGGAACGAGGAAGCCGUAAAGGUCCCCGUUGUUGCAGAACUAGCGAAGACCCACCCCGCUCCGUUGAGGGACAGAGGCGAGACCGACAGGCGGCUUGCUCCUUUUUAUCCGCCUUUUCAUAAAGACUAGCGAAAAUGGGCGAGCAUGGCCGUUCCGACUCGUACCGCGUCGCCACCAUUGGACCCAUUAAGGACGAUAAUAGAACCGCUGACGGACAGUACAAGACGCGCCGGAAACCCCCCGCGAAAAAACGGAAAGCAGGAGACUUAGAUGAUCUCAAACAGGAGUUGGACAUCGAUUAUCACAAAGUAACGCCCGAGGAGCUCUACCAAAGAUUUCAAACACACCCAGAAAAUGGCCUUAGUCACGCAAAAGCGAAAGAGAAUCUUGAAAGGGAUGGUCCAAACGCACUUACGCCGCCAAAACAGACGCCCGAAUGGGUGAAGUUUUGUAAAAAUCUGUUCGGUGGCUUCGCGUUAUUACUGUGGAUUGGUGCUAUUCUUUGCUUUAUUGCUUACGGAAUUCAGGCAAGUACCGUAGAAGAACCGGCGGACGACAACUUGUACCUUGGCAUCGUACUGGCGGCUGUGGUGAUUGUGACGGGCAUCUUUUCCUACUACCAAGAAAGCAAGUCGUCGAAGAUCAUGGAAUCCUUCAAGAACAUGGUACCGCAGUUCGCCACCGUCAUUCGCGAGGGCGAGAAGCUGACGCUGCGUGCUGAGGACCUCGUGCUUGGUGAUAUCGUUGAGGUGAAGUUUGGCGACCGCAUCCCUGCUGACAUCCGGAUAGUGGAGGCGCGCGGCUUCAAGGUGGACAACUCGAGUCUGACCGGCGAGUCGGAGCCGCAGUCCCGCGGCGCUGACUUCACCAACGAGAACCCUCUCGAGACCAAGAACCUGGCAUUCUUCUCCACCAACGCUGUCGAGGGUACCGCUAAGGGAAUCGUCAUCUGCUGCGGAGACAACACCGUGAUGGGCCGUAUUGCCGGUCUGGCCUCUGGAUUGGACACGGGCGAGACCCCGAUCGCGAAGGAGAUCCACCACUUCAUCCACCUGAUCACUGGCGUGGCCGUAUUCCUGGGCGUCACUUUCUUCGUCAUUGCCUUCAUCCUCGGCUAUCACUGGCUUGACGCUGUCAUCUUCUUGAUUGGUAUCAUCGUAGCCAACGUACCUGAAGGCCUCCUGGCCACUGUGACCGUAUGCCUGACCCUCACUGCCAAGCGCAUGGCCUCCAAGAACUGCCUGGUGAAGAACCUGGAGGCCGUGGAGACCCUCGGGUCUACGUCGACCAUCUGCUCGGACAAGACCGGCACCCUCACCCAGAACCGGAUGACCGUCGCCCACAUGUGGUUCGACAAUCAGAUUAUUGAAGCUGACACCACUGAGGACCAGUCUGGAGUUCAAUAUGACCGCACCAGCCCCGGCUUCAAGGCUCUGGCCAAGAUCGCGACUCUUUGCAACCGCGCCGAAUUUAAGGGCGGUCAAGAUGGCGUUCCCAUUCUGAAGAAGGAAGUGGCCGGCGACGCUUCCGAAGCUGCUCUACUCAAGUGUAUGGAACUGGCUCUGGGAGAUGUGUUAUCCAUCCGUAAGAGGAACAAGAAAGUGUGCGAGAUCCCCUUCAACUCGACCAACAAGUACCAAGUGUCUAUUCACGAGAGCGACGACCCCAGCGACCCGCGACACCUGCUUGUGAUGAAGGGUGCUCCUGAGAGGAUCCUCGAAAGAUGCAGCACUAUCUUCAUUGGUGGCAAGGAGAAGGUAUUGGACGAAGAAAUGAAAGAAGCAUUCAACAACGCAUACUUAGAACUGGGCGGCUUAGGCGAACGAGUGCUCGGCUUCUGCGACCUGCAACUACCUUCAGACAAGUACCCCAUCGGCUACAAGUUCAACACGGAUGACGUCAACUUCCCAGUCGACAACCUUCGCUUCGUCGGCCUGAUGAGUAUGAUUGAUCCUCCCCGCGCCGCCGUGCCUGAUGCCGUCGCCAAGUGCCGCUCUGCUGGUAUCAAGGUAAUCAUGGUGACGGGCGACCACCCGAUCACAGCGAAGGCCAUCGCGAAGUCUGUGGGCAUCAUCUCUGAAGGCAACGAGACAGUGGAAGACAUCGCGGCGCGACUCAACAUCCCCGUGUCGGAGGUCAACCCGCGCGAGGCUAAGGCCGCCGUGGUGCACGGAACUGAACUGCGAGAGCUGAACAGCGAUCAACUUGACGAGAUUCUCAAGUACCACACUGAGAUAGUGUUCGCGCGCACCUCGCCGCAACAGAAGCUGAUCAUCGUGGAGGGCUGCCAGCGUCUCGGCGCCAUCGUGGCCGUCACCGGCGACGGCGUCAACGACUCGCCCGCGCUCAAGAAGGCCGACAUCGGAGUUGCCAUGGGCAUCGCCGGCUCUGACGUGUCUAAGCAAGCUGCGGACAUGAUCCUGCUGGACGACAACUUCGCGUCCAUCGUGACGGGCGUGGAAGAGGGACGCCUGAUCUUCGACAACCUCAAGAAGUCCAUCGCGUAUACCCUGACCUCCAACAUCCCUGAGAUAUCCCCCUUCCUCGCCUUCAUCCUCUGCGACAUCCCCCUGCCACUCGGCACUGUCACCAUCCUUUGCAUCGAUCUUGGAACUGACAUGGUGCCAGCGAUCGCGCUCGCGUACGAGACGGCCGAGGCGGACAUUAUGAAACGCCCGCCUAGGAACCCAUUUUGUGACAAACUUGUCAAUGAGAGGUUGAUCUCGAUGGCUUACGGCCAGAUCGGAAUGAUCCAAGCGGCUGCCGGUUUCUUCGUCUACUUUGUGAUCAUGGCUGAGAACGGCUUCUUGCCAAUGAAGCUGUUUGGCAUCCGAAAGCAAUGGGACUCCAAGGCUAUCAACGACUUGACCGACUCCUAUGGACAGGAAUGGACCUACCGCGACCGCAAGGCUCUGGAGUUCACGUGCCAUACCGCUUUCUUCGUGUCCAUCGUGGUGGUGCAAUGGGCUGAUCUGAUCAUCUGCAAGACUCGCCGCAACUCCAUCGUGCACCAGGGUAUGCGCAACUGGGCUCUCAACUUCGGCCUGAUCUUCGAGACGGCGCUCGCUGCCUUCCUCUCCUACACUCCCGGCAUGGACAAAGGCCUGCGGAUGUACCCUCUCAAGUUCGUGUGGUGGCUGCCGGCGAUCCCGUUCAUGCUGUCGAUCUUCAUCUACGACGAGAUCCGGCGCUUCUACCUGCGCCGCAACCCGGGCGGCUGGCUCGAACAAGAGACUUACUACUAGGCUGCACCCCCCACUGUCCACGGCGUGCAUCAGUUAGUUACCGCGUACAUAAACUUCAUUUGUGUUCUAUAUCAGACUGACAGAGGUUGCGGUGCCGUCUCGGUAUAUGUGUAAUCGCUGUCGUGUACGCUUCUCACCGCUUGUUCCGCAUCGCCCGCCGGAGCGCGCCGGCGCCAGCGACGACCACCACCACCACCCUGCCCGGACGUAGCGCCGCGCUACACAUUCUUGAUUUCCGAACUAUCUAUGUAUAUAUGCACAGUGGAGAAUGGAGUUUGAUAUUUGUGAUGAUAAAAAAAUAUUAUACACAUAUUAUUUUAAAAUUGUGAAACAUGUUAUUUUUAUAUUGAAAUUGUUUAAAAUGUAAUUUGAGUAUCUCGAAUUUGGAAUAAUGUGACGUUGAUGAAUCUUUGAGUAUUUGUUGAAUCUCAGCCGUGGAGUGGCGCGCGCCGCCGGGCCCCGAGGGCCGCCGACCGGACGCCGGACACAGCACGCCCUCAUGACACUCAUGACAUCAUAACAUAGAAUAAAUAAUACUAAUACAAUUGUUUUUCACAUACUUAUGUAAUAAGUAAUAAAUUAUCGUUUAGCAGUAGUCGAUCGUUCGUGAAUCGAGUGGGCCAGGACGCGCCUGCGCGCGCCGUGCUCGGCGGCCAACGAAAAGCAUUUGUUGUAAAAUUACAGUUAAGAGCCAUUAUUAUUAUUAUAAUUUAAGUGAAUUAGAUUAAGUUGAAUUUUUCGAGUGAAUAACGUUUAGUUGUCGAUUCGAUCGGAUGCAUGGUGUAUGAGAGGUCGAUGUGGAGUGCCUGAGUUUUAGUGUACUACUGCUUACUGUUAGGUAGGUAGUUGAAAUUUUGAUGCCGUAUUUUCAAUUGUAAAAGUAGAUAAUGAAGCAUACACAGUCGCGAUCGCUUGUUGCGCAGUGCUCGGCGGCGGCGCGGCGCCUGCGCACUGCGUGCGCUGCAGCGGCCCCUCAGUGGCGCCCCGCGCCCGCAGCGCCCCGGCAGUGGCGCCCCGCGCCCGCAGCGCCCCCCGGCUUGUAGCGCCCCAGCGCCUCGCCGCCGCCGCAGCCAACGGCGCCGUCACGACGCUUUUCUUUUCUAAACGAAUAAUCAGAUCAUUAGAUUUCGUCAAAUUUAUUAAAAUAGGCUGCUCAUGGUAAUUAUGUAAGAUUUUAAUUUCUUAACUAAAAGAUAAUAACAAAACGUAGGAAUGCGUAAUUAGAGAUUUUUAAAAUUAUACAGUUAUGAUAGAUUCAUUCUUGUUUUAGUCGCCACUUGGCUCUUCUAGCAGUGCGGCCGAGUAGUUAGGGGUAGAGGGUGCGUGAGGCCCGGGCGCAGGCACGGGGCGUAGACACGAGGCCCAGGCCCGGGGCGCAGGCGCGGAGCCGGCGCAGUGCCGGCCGGUGGCGCCGCCACCCGCGCAGAAGGACCAAGUGGAACGAUUCAUUUAAAUUUUUCGUAACGAAUACAUAUAACAUUAUAAUAAUGGUUACAAAAGUAAAAUAUAACAUUAUAGCGACUAAUAAAUCUAAAUUAUAUGAAAUGUUUAUAGAUUUAAAACGAUGUUUGUUUCUUUAGGAUGAUCUUCUGUGCUUGUUUGAUGAGAACGAUGUACAUCUCACUGACAAUAGUCGUUGAUCAUGAUGGUAUUAUGUGCGAUCUGUCUUUGUGAGUGUUUGUUUACCUACACUGUAGAACUAACAUUGUUUUGCGUUCGACAGUUCUUUACACCAAUUCAUUUUAUAGUAUUACUCUGUUGGCUAGGAGCGCUGUAAAAAUGUAAGUGUUAAUAAAAAAAACAUUUUCAAAAUAUUAA